AUGGCUUUACAAGGGGUUGAGCAGACCAUCCUACGGGAUCCGGCUCUGUUCUAUUGGAUCCUGUUCCCCAUCACCAUCGUCAUGAUAUUGACAGGUAUUCUUCGCCAUUAUGCGACAGUUCUGAUGAACAGCCCCCCGAAACCUCCGGCGACACUUGCCGAAUCUAAAGAGCGCCUUUCACUUCUGCGAGGAGUCAACCUGCGUAACAAUGCUCCCGCAGUGCUAUCGCGGGAAGGAUUCGAGAUGCGAAAGAACUAUUUGAUCUCUGCAUACAAAAGCGGUGCCUUCCUUAAAGACCCUUCCAGCCGCGGUCAGCCACCUGCGAAUCCGAUGACUGAUCCUGCGGGCAUGGAGGCCAUGAUGGGGAUGAUGAAAGGAAAUAUGAUGAUGAUGAUCCCACAGACCUUGAUCAUGAGCUGGAUCAAUGCGUUCUUUUCCGGUUUUGUUAUUCUGAAACUGCCCUUCCCCCUCACGAUCCGAUUCAAAUCAAUGCUCCAAUCUGGUGUCAUGACCCGUGACCUGGAUGUCAGAUGGGUGUCUAGUCUUUCGUGGUACUUUUUGAAUCUGUUUGGCCUUCAGUCAGUCUUUGGCUUCAUCCUCGGCAGCGAUAACGCUGCCAACCACAUGGCUCAACAAAUGGCAACUGUGAACCCUGGCGCAGCAGUCAAUCCGUUCCAACCUGGCCAGGAUCCAGACAAAUUGUACCAGAGUGAAGCAGAGAACUUGGAAGUCACCGAGUUCUUUAGCAUUCUGGACGGUAUCGAGGAGAGAGUUCUACAUAACUAUGCUUCAAAGGAAAUUCGCUGA